UGAGUUUGGCUAGGUUUGACGAUUUGGCUAGCCAAUCGGCACUUUUUUAAAAUUACUAAAAAAAUUUCUCUGUUUUUCUUCCCCUCUCUCUCUCUCUUGGUUCGACUAUGGAGGGGUCGCCGAGAGCCAGAUCGAACGGAAGCUUAAAGAGAUCGACCUCUCCUUCAGGACGCUUCUGCUCGUCGUCAAUCUCGUCUUCCUCGUCGGCUUUCGCUUCGUCUCUCUCCAGCUUUUCGGCUCGAUCUACCGGGUUGCUGACCCGACCCGCGUCCCCGACUCGGGUCAACUUGCGCGGAUCCGGAUCGUCCUCGCCGUCCGUCCGGUUCUCGAUUGAUCGGCCGACGUCUCCGAGCCGUUCGAUAUCGGCCGUGAACCAGAGCCAGAGCAACCGCAAGGCGCUGCCGGCCGGGCAGAAGAAGACGUGCAUGUGCUCGCCGACGACGCACCCCGGCUCGUUCCGGUGUAGUUUGCACAAGAACGCCAGUGGCCGGCACCACCAGGCGCCGCACCAGCGUCAGGCGGCGUCGUACCGGCUGAACGCGCGGCGCUCGGCGAUGACGAACUCGCUGGUGAGGAUCGGGACGGUGGAGGGCGACUUGGUGAAGAGAGCUCUGGCGGCGUUGAUUCGGCCGUCGUCGCAUCAGCAGAGGCGGAGAGGCGAUUUCCAGCGGAGGCCGAGCCGCCUCUCGAUCAUGUCCAGAGCCGAAGACUUGUAACAACAGUGAAUGGCUGCCGGAGAGGAUUUUACAAGAGUCGUCGUGUACAGUCGGAUGAAUUCCAUUCCAUUUUUGUUUCCUAAUUUGGAUCCCUAAUUGAGAGAGAACCGAUCGUUUGUUUAACAAAAGUCUCUUAGAGAAUCUAGAAUCAAAAGCAAGAGAUCGAAAAUCGAACCAACAUUCUACUGAGAUCGUAAGAAGAAAAUCCGAGAAUUUUGGAAUUUUUUAAUAAUUUUUUUUUAUUUUGGUUUUCAAAAUGGGAAAGAGUGAUCCGUACUAGGCGUGUUGUGUCCUUGCAGAGAUACAUGGUUUGGGGAUUGAUGGUUUCUCACUGUUCAUCGUUCGUUCUAUGGAAUCUUUUGUUUGGUUUCUGAGAAAAUUGACCAGUCUGAGGUCACGGCCAUGGAGUUCUUGGAAACAUGCAAUUUCGGAUUCGCAAAUUGUGCCUUUUUUAGGUUACGUUUGGACGGCGGAGGAUUUAAGAGCUAUUACUGGACCGGAAAUGCAAAAUGAAAUUUUAAUUUUAAUUCACUAAAAUACAAGAGAUUGGUACAUCUUAGAGGAAGACAGUUUUUGAUUGCAUAGCUUCUUUGGUCCUGAUCGGGUUGGCCGGCGCCGGAGAAGAAAGGUGUAGUUGUUGGAAACAUUAGAUAGCAAUUUCCCCAUUGUCGGCCUGCCGGUUUGAAGGCUAGGCUGAAAUAUUAGUGAGAUGGUGUCCUUUUUUUACAAGGAAAUUUUAUUUUUGACUUUUUUAUAAAAAAAGUAACAUGUUUAUGGCUA